AUGUUCACAGACUACAACAUCAACAACAACGAGGACGAUGAUGACGUCAAUGAUGAUGUCAUUGAGAAUGUUAUCGUUCUCCGUAAUGUUGGUUUUAUUUGCGUCAUGGUGCAGCCAGAGUCUUUCAACACAACCUGCCCGGUAGAUCACGUGAUACUGGUGACGUCAGCCAGAUACGGACGAAUGAGAGGAGGAAGAUGUAUACAGGCAACAUUCGGCCAUGUUGGAUGUUCAGCGGAAGUGACGUCAUACUUGGAUGAGGUCUGUUCCGGAAGAGGAUCGUGUUCAUUUCCGGUUUUUCGCCUGUUCGAUGAGAAGCCCUGUCCGUCGGAUAUGAUGUCGUACUUGGAAGCUAGCCACAAAUGCGUCAGAGCUCAAAACAAAGAAAACCAAUUCACAAAUACCUCAAACAACAACAUGAUCAACAAAAAAAGCGUCACUAACAUCAACAACAUAGUCAACAACAACAACGACAUCAACAACAACAUCGGAUAUUUGCUUAUUUCCAAACAACUACCUACUUGUCCAUGGAAAUUACAAGUUGACCAGCAACAAAAAAUUACCUUUUCAAUUUUUUCUUUCAUCAUCAACAACAACAACAACAUGGCACAACAACAACAACACCAUUGUAACAUUAAUCUAAUGUUCGAGGAGCCAAUGUUCAUGUCGGCAAAAACGCAUGACGUUGAUGUCUGCCGUUUGAAGAUUAGGAAGACGCUUCUCUAUAGCUCUAGAAAAAAUCUUGUUAUUAUUUACGUCCACAACAACAACAACAACAUCAACAACAACAACAUCAACAACAACAACCACAACAACAACUACAAUAACGAUAAUUUCGGCGGUGAAACCUUUUCAACCCCAUAUCUCCUACAAUACGAAAUCGUGGGGUGUCCCAAAAUUUCACCCCCAGCAAACGCAUGGGUGCUGCAAGAUGACCACAAGGCGACCAUCCGCUGCAACUUCUCCGACGAGACGUGGUUCCUGGCUUGCGACGGCAGCCUCUGGAGUGGCAGUUACGGCAGCUGUGCUAAACAUGACGCUGGGAUCUCCAUAACUUUGGAAUCUUCGCUGAACAGAUACAACCCUCUCCCCAUAGCAGUAGCCAUAGGAAUAAUACUCGGAAUAGUAAUCGGGUCGGUUCCUCUGGCUCUCGUGUAUGCUUGCCUGAGGAGAAGGUGGCAAGAACAACAGCAAACUGAGCUGGAACAAUAUCAACAACAACAUCAACAACAUCAAAAACAUCAGCAAGAAAAUUACAACAACAACAAUAUUAAUAAUAAUAUCAUCGAACAUCACCACACAACUUCGCGUUACUUUUUCACGGAUGACAACAGCAUCAACAACCAAACAACAACUAGCACGCCAGCAUUCUACGAUGGCCAGCAACAACAACACCAACAACAACACCAACAAAACUAUCACCCAAUAACAUCAACAACACAGAACAUCAACAAAGACAUUAAUGAUGAUGAUGAGGAUGAUAUGGACCUAGGCAGACCGCAACAACAUCAUCAGUCAUCGCCGACAACAUCAACAACUCAUAUCUACAAUCUCGUUACAAAUCCUUUAAAAUGCAAGCACUCCUUGAAAUCGAACAACAACAACAUCAACAACAUCGACAACAUUUCAACAUAUACGUCUGCCAGCCCAACAUCUUGCUCAAAUUUCAACUGUUAUAAAGUUGAAUGUUUAGAUAAGCCAGAUGUCAUGCAGUUAACCGAACAAAACUAUCAACAUCAACAACAACAACCAUACUUCUAUUUAACACUCAACAAACAAGAACAAGAUCAACAACAACAUCAGCAAGCACAACAACAUCAGCAACAACAUCAGCAACAACAACAUCGGCAACAACCCAGCGUUGGCGAAUCAUCAUCAUUUAAAACAUUCAAUAAAAUAUCUUCAACAGAAGCAAUGAAUGCGAAAUUUGCGAUUUAG